AUGUCUCGAUUAAAAAGUGGAGUGGACUAUUUUGCCGAGGCACAUGCUUUACAUUCGGUGGACACGAGCCGUGCGAAAGAUGGUGUUUGGCUAGUCAAAGUGCCAAAAUAUUUAGCCGAAUUGUGGCAGAAAGCCGGUCCAGAUGGUGUGGUUGGCAAAGUGGUAAUUGCCAGCUCUACCGCACCAUCAGGUUCGGCUGGGGACAGUAAGCGUCCAGCAUCCCAAGUAACCUUGGUCACUGAUUCUGAUUUAUUAGCCUCAGCCGGCGAGACCGGAGACUUGAUUCCCAAAGAGCAUCAGUUCCUUAUCCAAACCUCUGCCAGUUCAUCUUCAUCCAGUACACAAAGACCUGGCCAAUCACAACAAUCAGCUCAGCGUAGAUCAGGUGCUAUGGCUGGUCAGGAGCUGAUCAUUUUGGCCGAGGACGAUCUGGCCGCUGCGAACAGUUCGAGUAGUAGUGGACCAUCCGGGACAAAUAGUAGCACUACAAACACCGUGAUGGGUGGCACUGCAACCACAUCUUCCUCAUCUAGUGGAACUGCACCCUCAUCCCCGUUUUCCAAUUCCGCAUCCGCUCGUUAUUCACGUCGUUUGUCACUCUUCGGGCGAGUGAAUAGCCGAGCGGAAUGUCGUCCGCCACCGAACACACGAUACAUGAUGCUCAAAGCCCAACAAUUGAAAGCUAUGAACCGGGCGAAACACGAAGUUCGUCUGCUUGAUGCACCGGUGCGAAACUACAAACCGGUAUCAAACCACAUCAACAAUAUCGAGUACGAGGCACGGAAGAAAGCGGAAGGCAAAAACUUGCGUCGCGAGAAAGAAGAUGUUAUGCAAGAUUUGUUCAAAGCAUUCGAACGGCAUCAGUACUAUACUAUUCGUGAUCUGGUUCUGCUAACCAAACAACCGCUGAACUAUUUGACUGAGAUUCUGAAGGAGAUAGCAAUCUUCAACCCUCGGGCACCUCAUAAAAACAUGUGGGAACUGAAACCGGAAUAUCGCCACUACACGGAAUCCGGUGCAGCAGCAGCAUCUGGAACGGACAAGUAG